UUCGCUGCUAAUUACACAUACCUCGAUCUAGUAGAAGUCCAGCUAAUCGCGCCGUGGCCGGAGCGAUGCGCGCGGUGCCAUGGCGCGGCGGUUGACCCCGAGAUGAGGCGUUCGCCGCGCGCGGCUGCCGCGGCGGCGCUGCCGGUGUUGUUGCUGCUGCUGCUGCUGAAUUGGGCCGCGGCGGUGGGCGCGGCGACGGCAGCGGAGACGCGGGCGCUGCUGGACUUCAAGUCCGCAGUGACCGUGGACCCAGGCGCCGCGCUCGCGAACUGGACGGUGGGCGGCGACCCGUGCCGCGACUUCGGCGGGGUGUCCUGCGACCCGGCGUCCGGCGCCGUGCAGCGGCUGCGCCUCCACGGUGCGGAGCUGGAGGGCGUGCUGUCCCCGUCGCUCGCGCGGCUCCCCGCGCUGGAGUCCGUCUCGCUCUUCGGCAACCGCCUCUCCGGCGUGAUCCCGGCGAGCUUCGUGGGGCUCGCGGCCACGCUCCACAAGCUGAAUCUCAGCGGGAACGCGCUCUCCGGGGAGAUACCGGCGUUUCUUGGCUCGUUCCCCAUGCUACGGCUGCUCGACCUCUCCUACAACGCGUUCUUCGGCGAGAUCCCGGCGGCUCUGUUCGGCGCCUGUCCCCGCCUCCGCUACGUCUCGCUCGCGCACAACGCGCUCACCGGCCGCGUCCCGCCGGGCAUCGGCAAUUGCGUGCGCCUCGCCGGAUUCGACCUCUCCUACAACAACCUCGUCGGCGAGCUCCCUGAUAAAGUGUGCGGGCCGCCGGAGAUGAGCUACAUUUCUGUCCGGAGCAACUCGCUCUCCGGCACCAUUGACGACAAGCUCGACGGCUGCCGAAGUAUUGACGUGUUCGACGUCGGGAGCAAUAACUUCUCCGGCGCCGCGCCGUUCGGCCUUCUUGCCCUCGUCAACAUCACCUACUUCAACGUCUCCUCCAACACCUUCGCCGGCGAAAUCCCAAGCAUCCCGACAUGCGGUGACAGGUUGGCUUUCCUCGACGCGUCAGGGAACCAGCUCACCGGCACGGUGCCGGAAACCGUGGCGAAUUGCCGCAACCUGAUGGCUCUGAAUUUUGCGGCCAAUGGACAAGGCCUCGGCGGCGGCAUCCCGGCGACUCUCUCGCAGCUCAAGAACCUGAAUUUCCUCGAUCUCUCGGAGAAUGCGCUGUCCGGCGUGAUCCCGCCGGAGCUCGGCGGCCUCUCCAGCCUGGCUCACUUCAACGUGUCCUUCAACAACCUCACCGGCGCAAUCCCAUCUUCUCCAUUGCUGCAGCAGUUCGGCCCAACUGCAUUCAUGGGCAACCCACUCCUCUGUGGUCCGCCAUUGGACCAUGCCUGUCCAGGCCGGAACACAAUGCGAUUGGGCGUGCCGGUGAUAGUUGCCAUUGUCAUCGCAGCCGCCAUACUCGUCGGGAUCUGCAUCAUAUCUGCGUUGAACAUUAAGGCGUACAAGAGGAGGAGGGAGCAGCACGACGACGAAGAGGAAAUCCUCGUCUCCGACAGCGCGGCGAUUGUGUCGCCGGGAUCAACCGUCAUCACCGGAAAGAUGGUGCUUUUUAGGAAGAACAGUUUGGCUUCGAGGUACGAGGAUUGGGAGGCCGGGACCAAGGCGGUGCUCGACAAGAACUGCCUCGUCGGCGUCGGUUCAAUCGGCGCCGUGUACAAGGCCAGCUUCGAGAGCGGCGUCUCCAUCGCCGUCAAGAAACUGGAGACGCUGGGGAGAAUCAGGAGCCAGGAGGAGUUUGAGCAUGAGAUGGGCAGGCUACGUGGGCUCAGCCACCCCAACCUUGUCGCCUUCCAUGGCUACUACUGGUCAGCCUCAACGCAGCUGCUUCUGUCAGAGUUCGUCGACAGUGGCAGCACCCUGUACGACCACCUCCACGGCAACCGUCGCCGCGCAAUCCCAGCGGGCAGCGCUGGCGCCGGCGCCGGCGGCGGUCUGUCCUGGGACAGGCGGUUCAGGAUCGCGGUGGCGACGGCACGCGCGCUCGCGUACCUCCACCAUGACUGCAGGCCUCAGGUCCUGCACCUCAACAUCAAGUCAAGAAACAUCCUGCUGGACAUGGAGCACGAAGCGAAGGUGUCGGAUUUCGGGCUGGUCAAGCUUCUCCCUGAACCGAGCAAUCGACACACUGCCGCCGCCGGCUACGUGGCGCCGGAGCUAGCGUCGUCGGCGAGCUCGAGGCUCAGCGACAAAUGCGACGUCUUCAGCUUCGGGGUGGUGCUGCUGGAGAUGGUGACGGGGCGGAAGCCGGUGAGCACACAUGGACACGGCACGGCGGCGGCAGUGGUUCUGCGCGACUACGUGAGGGAGGCACUGGAGGCCGGCACGGUUUCAGGUUGCUUCGACCGGAGCUUGAGAGGCUUCGUCGAGGCUGAGCUGGUGCAGGUGCUGAAGCUAGGCCUCGUGUGCACCUCCGAGACGCCGGCACGGCGGUCGGCCAUGGCCGAGGUGGUGCAGUUCUUGGAAUCCAUCAGAGGCAGUUCGUAACUAACAGAUUUGAUUGCACAGAUGCUCACCUAUCAGCAGACGAGGAAUUAACAGGACACCAUGAAUUCAUGAUACGGUCAGAGGAGUAUAGCACCAAAUUCGUGAUCCGUUGUUGUUUCAUUCUUGGGUGUGUUGUCACCUCGAUUUUACAGUCCACUUUUUUUUGUCACGUGUAAUUUUCGUUCUGUUUCAGAUUUGUCAAUAGGCACUUGAGCUUGCCUCUGGAACGCUGUGUCGAGGUUCAUCCGUAUCCGUGUGCGAAUUUUACCUGCAGGUACUGCUAUUCAAAUUCAAGAGCAAACCACACAAAAUACAUUCGAUUUGUCAGAUCGUGAGGCGUUUGUAAGUGUGUAUUUAAAAAAACAAAUGCAAGU